AUGGACAUGAACCGUCCUGACAUGGAGAGGCUUCGGGCUGAUCUCAUACAACGAUCAAGGAUGGAGCGAGGUGGUAGUCCAAAUGGAGGCGACGCCAACCUCGACGUCAAUGUUGAUGUCGAAGCUCAACACAGUAUACAAGAACCUCGUUCGAGUCCUGCGCCCCUAUCACGGUUGUUGAGUCGAAGAGAACCUGCUUCAAUGACGGGACAAGCUCAUCUCGCCGAGAUCGAGAGCGUCAAGUCUCAAGACUCGAAUACGAAUCGCCCUGCGGGCUCUCGAAGAUUUGCUGUACCAGGGUUCCUGCGAAUAUGGGGACGUAACAACACCACACCAGAAUCCGACGAUGUUCGCUAUGCCACAGCUUCUCCCGCGCCGCUUCUACCUAUUGCUGAACCUCAAUCGCCGACGAGACCGGAGCCUGUAGCUACACCUUCAGAUUCCCAUCGGUCGCGACGUCAACGAAGACAACGAACUCCUCCUCAAGAUCCAUUGGAAGCGCAUCUCUCUGAAAUCCUGGGUGGAUCAAAUAUUAGACGACAUCGAAGACGGAGAGAAUACCAUGAACGAGAGCGCGAUCGCCAUAGGUCGCGAAGAAGUCAUCAGCGACACCCCAAGUUCUUCCUGGGCUGUAUACCAUGGGUUCGAUCGAGGCGCAUGAGAGCACAGAUCCUGAGGUGUUUGACUUCAGGUCUGUUUCUUAUGAUUCUCGUCACUGUCUACCUCUCCCUCUCCAUGACACACAAGGUCAACACGCGCGAAAUGAACAUCAUGCUCAUUCUUGUCGUCUUGUUCGCCGCCGCCUUCUUCUUCCACGGUCUUAUCAGACUGUGUCUCCUAAUAAUUAAAAGUAAUCGCGAGGCCGCUGAGCGAGCAAAUCGACCUCCCCGGUAUCGCGCGCCUCGAUAUGCCGUACCUCCUGUGCCUAUUCCUGUUGUUCUUGCGCAGGAUGAGGAAGCUGUCGGUAUGGAGAGCGAAGCUACAAAGACACUGCCACCAGCCUAUGGGCGAUGGCGCGAGACAGUGCGAGUUGACCCAGAUCGUUUGUUCUGGCAGCGCAACGAGGCCGUGGACCUUUCUCAAAUAAGGCCUAAUACUCGAGCUGGCCCUAGGCCACCGUCGUAUGUGUCUGAAGAUGGUAUAUCAUAUGUAGUCGAGGCGCAACCUCGAUCAACAGCACCAACAACUGAAGUACCUCUACCAACACAUCCAUCAGAGCUUGGUAGAGUGGCUAGGGUACCAACUGAGUAG